CAAAGAAUCGUUUAGGAACAUGUCUAAGAGGGAGGAAAUCUUCUACAAGGGGCAGACGUUUAUUUUCAACAUUUACUCGCUGAUGCCACAAGAACAGCGCUGGAAAAGAAUUCUCCAUGAGAUCAACUACUGGCACGUCAUGUGCUUUUGGGUGCUCCUGUUCGAUCUUCUGCUCGUGCUGCACGUAGUGUCCAACCUGAACAACAUGUUCGAGAUAGUCAGGGCCAUCUUUGUGCUGGCCACGAGCGCCGGACAUACCACCAAGCUGAUAUCCGUCAAGAUGAAUAACGUGGCGCUCCAGCAGCUGUUCGACCGCCUGGAUGAUGAGGACUUCCGUCUGGAGGGACCUGAGGAGCAGGCCAUAUUUGCGGCAGCCUGCGAGACGACCCACAAAACGCGAGACUACUAUGCGGCGCUGUCAUUUGCGGCCCUCGCAAUGAUACUGAUCCCACAGUUCGUGCUCGACUGGUCGCAUCUGCCACUGGGCAACUACAACCCAUUCGAUGACAAUCCGGGCUCGGCCGGAUACUGGCUCUUGUACUGCUACCAGUGCCUGGCGCUCUCGACCUCGUGCCUCACGAACAUUGGCUUCGACUCCCUGUGCUGCUCGCUUUUCAUAUUCGUGAAUUGCCAAUUGGACAUUCUGGCACUGCGCCUGCAGAAGAUAGGCCAACGUAAGGACAAAGACAACGGAAACACUAAGAUGAGCAUUGAUGUGCAACUGAAGCAAUGCAUCCGCUUCCACAUGGCGAUAGUGGAUUUGGUCGAGACUAUAGAGCGUCGGCUCUGCACACCGAUAUCGAUGCAGAUCUUCUGCUCGGUACUGGUGCUGACAGCCAACUUCUAUGCCAUAGCCUUGUUGUCCGAUGAAAAGCUGACGCUGUUCAAGUUCGUAACCUACCAGGCCUGCAUGCUGAUGCAGAUCUUCAUGCUGUGCUAUUUUGCGGGCAAGGUCACCCACUGCAGUGUCGAGCUGCCCCAUCGGCUCUACAAUACCAAUUGGGUGGACAGGAGUCGCUCCGAUCGCCGGAAUGCAUUGCUCUUCAUGCAACGUCUCCACUACGAGCUGAGGAUAAGGACCAUAAACCCCAGUCGUGCCUUCGACCUGGCGCUUUUCAGCUCGGUACGUUCUACCCUUUUUUUCACUGUACGAUUAGCGGAUUUCCAUAAUUAGCCUCAUUUGCGUCGUUGCAACAAUUUGGGGCUAUAAAAGGCCCGCAACGCAGGACACGUAGGUUAAGUCAGUCAGGAAUUGCCAGUGAGCAUGAAUCAGCAGCAUCUGAAAGUCACAGGUGUGGUACUUUCAGAUUUUGGGCAUCUGGAAACUUCCAGAUGGGGCCACAGGG